AUGAUAAAUUCAAGUUGUAUAAAUUGCAGUUCAAACAUAAUGGUUUGCAUCGCAUUGUAUCGACUUUAUGCCCUACGCUAUCCUUUUUGGAUCUCAGCUAUAGGACAUAGCCGAGUUCCUCGGAUGCUCCUACUAGCUUGGGGAACAGCAAUGCUCUCAAUGCUCCCACAGCUUUACGUUUGGCGGGAGGUAAAUUUCGGAGAUUUCCGUCAAUGUGUCACGUUAUGGACGGAGAAAAUUAAUCUUGGUACUGCUCCAAAUCAAACAUUGAUGACUGACGAGGAUUUUCAAUUAAUGAAGCUGUACGGGAUACAAAAUGCCUUUAUUACAUUCUACAUUCCUUUAGCUAUUCUAGUCGUCUGCUAUGUACUAAUUUUAAAGGACAUCUACAAAACCCUAAAUGCCUCCGAACCUGAGCGUUCAUCAGCGCUAUAUAUUUCAGAAUUAAGUAAACUUUCAACCUUUACCAAACGAUGGGCCAAAAAGGAAAAAGAAAGCACA